AUGACGCCAGAUGAACUUUCCAAGAUACUGUUGCUAGAUGAAUAUCAGGUUCUUAAUAUUCCUCAGGAAGACUUCGCUGGAUUAGAGCCGCAUAUUGGAACCCGAGCGUAUGUAUUCAAGGGAUUUUCCGCGGCCAGAUAUUAACAAACCACUUCUAGAUAUACCUACCGUGCCGCUAUUGGUGAGUUAAGGAUAAAAGUGGCGACUCAAAUCCAUGGAACGAUAUCAGGUUGGGCGGCGGGUUUAAUACGAGAAGGGGAGGCAGCUGGGGCUUUCGAUUCUAGAGAUCUCUUUCUUAUUUCUAAAGGACGCCUCCAGGGAUUCAUGGGAGAAUAUGAAGGAAUGUAGGUUGUGUGCUAUUUCAGCAAUUCCUUCUACUAUCACCAUGCUCACACUCCAACAGAAUAAAAGUUCCUGACUGUGCAAUUGUGCCCCGGAGACGCCUCUGGCCUACCCUGGUUUUUGAAUUUGGCUACGCGGAGCCGUACGAGGACUUGAAAGCCGACGUCAAGCUCCUACUUGAGGGGAGUGCAGGAAAAAUUAGUAAGGCAAUAAUAAUCAAGCUCGACCCGCUCCAUGAUGGUGAGACAGAGAUCCAGAGGGGGUUCGUUGAGAUAUGGCACUUAGUGGAUGGCCAAGCGACAAAGCACGGUUGCAAGAAGGUGACUCCCACAAUCAUCCCAUGUCAGAUUUCAUGUCAGAUUUUGCUUUUCCUAAUAUAGAAGAUACAGAGUUUAUUUCCUCCACCGAGAAGCCAUGAAGUGCAGAAACUGGAGCUGCCCCUUGGAGAUAUUCUUCGCAGUCAGCUCGAUGACCUGGCAAAUGAGGGCUGGGGAAGAGAUGACACUAUUGCUCUCUACUUCGAUCCUCUCCGGGAAUAUAUUGAGGAAGCAACCUGGCGUCACUUGGUCCAGAAGGGUGUGCUGGAGUGUGAUGAUGAAUCAGAUUAA